AUGAUCGCCUCCGCCGUCGCCAUUCCCGAACAACCACCCCUCUCACCACCAACAGAGCCAGCAGCCUCACCCUCCCGCAAACGAAGACCGUCCUCCCAAUCCUCCACCACAGAAUCGCCCAAACGACCUCGCCUCGACACAGUCCACACCCAUGGCUCGGCCAGCAGCAUCAGCCAUGCCUCUCCCCCUCCUUCUACAACAAGCGCAAUGUCCCCACCAUUACGGCGACAUCCCCUCCGCGCCGCCAGCAACACCGAAGAGAAGAAGCGUGGCCAGCGCCUCUUUGGUGGGCUGCUAUCCACUCUGUCCCAGAAGUCCCCGGCAUUUACCACUAAGCCCACGGUCCACAAGCGCCGUGACGAGAUUGAGCAGCGCCAGCGCGACCGCCUGAAGCGCGAUGACGAGGAGCGCGUGGAAGAGCGGCGUUUGAAGCGCGAGGAGUUGGAGAGGGUGAGGAGGGUAGAGCAGAAGCGGUGGGAGAGGGAGAGUUUGGGGAAUAAGCAUGCGGGUAUGCGUGCGCGGGCAGGGUUCUUGCAGACGAAGGCGGAGCCGAGAGAGAGCGGGCUAGAAGAAGAGAUCAGGACUGAGCUGGCGGCUCUAGAGGGUGAGGAGGGUGGGGUCGGUGAGAAGCAGAGGGACGAUGGAGAUGAUGGCGGCGAGAGGGAACCAACAUCAGACCGACCUAAUGGGAAUCGCAGUCCGUCACACAAUGGUGAUUCGCACACGGAUCAGCCGAUGGAGGUGGAUGAUGCAGAUCAGAAACAGGUCGACCCUAAUGGCGAUGCGCCGGAGCAUAUCGAAAGCUCAGAGACACCGACAGCAGAUCUAGCAGCAGCGACCACGCUGGACCUUGAGGAAGCAAGAGCAAAGGAUGACGAUCAUGCCGAUGAUCUGGUCGAGGGGCAUGACGAGGAUCAAGUCAUAUACUGA